GCAAUCGCAGGAAACUACGUACAAAUUUACCAAGAGAAGAGAGAAAAAUGGCUGAAGUGAGUGAGCUUAGUCAUCAUUUUCGUUUACUACUUAAUCGUGUAUUUCGAGUGGGCCAUGUUUAGCCAAUACAGAAGUAAUUACAUACAAAUUUUUACAUUGUUUGAGCACAGGUAGUACAUCGCUGAGGAUGGCAGAAGAUAACUUCCUUCCAGCUAGUCUUGAGAAAUUAGAGAUUGAUUCACAAAGGGACACAGUUUGUGGCAGUAACUUUCUGUAUGUGAACCCAUUCAGUCGGGAUGGUGGUGGUGCCUGCAGAAAGACAAAGAAGUUAAAACCUAUUGAUGAAACACUUGGAAAACUCAGUUUUUCUGGAGAGGAAUGUGCAAAUACUUCCUGUCAUUGUAACAUUCAGCACUCAGUCAGUCCACCUGCACCAUGCCAUGAUCAUCCUUAUGAUGGCUGGUCCGGCCGUAAAUCGAUACUUCAUGUUCAUCCUACAGUUACCUUCAAAAGGAACCUUGUACGAAAGAGCAAGUUGAGUGUUGUUUGUGCUUCCAUGAGAAAGGAGGAUAAGAAAAAUAAAAUUUUGAAAGAACCAGUGCUGAAACUUGCAAAGGCAAUCCAAAAUACAUUACCACUUAGCAAAACUGAUGCUAGAAUGUUCCCUAUGUCAAAACUAUCUGCUGAUAAGAAGGUCAUGCAAGGAGGUGGCACUGUUCUGUCAAGUGAUGUCGCAGGGAGUUCUAAAUCCCAGGACUUGUUUGGUCACAGCAUUAUUUCACACCAGGAUUUCAAAUCUCUCCUUUUACUGUCACCCAAAGAGCCUUCCACAGACAGAAACCAGACUUUCAGUGCAACUGGUUUCCAUCAUAUGCGUGCAAAUUGUAGAUCUGAACCAAAUACAUGUAAGGGAGAACCAAAACCAGAGACCAGAAUUUCUUCAGAAAACACAUGCAUUGGCUGUGUGGUGAAGAAGCUGGCAACAACUGGGCUGACACAUAGCAAUGGUAACAGCUCAGGUGGCCAGUCAUGCUCACAACAAGCCAGGAUGACUGCUUCAAGUUCAUGUGAUGAUGUUACAAUUGAUGAAUUGGCCAGUUAUUUUGAUGUUUUUGUUCAUAUCCCCAAAAAGAUGUCACACAUGGCUGAGAUGAUGUACAUUUAGAUAUGAGGUUAAUAACUUCUGAUUUCUGAAUUAAGUUUAAUAGUUGAUGAAUUUGUCAUAUGUUAAUUUGGUGCUUUGUAAACAAAAAUGAAGUACAAUUUUGUAUUGCAGUUUGUGAA